AUGAAGAAUGUUCCAGUGCUUUGUAUGGUCACUGCAGCUGGUCCCAACAGCUACCGUGGUAUGACCUUCUCGUUCAACACAUCAGAAGCUAGUCGGAGCCAAGCACUCUAUCAUGAAGAUCCCAACACAUACCUUAAAUACCAAUCAAAGGUCCUCGCCCUCGACAUUCAGGCCUGUUUUUGGGGCCUAGCUCCUGAUCACGAGGUUCUGGAAAUGGAACAGAGCAUGGCACACCAUAGAGAUACCAAUGUUCCGCAACACCUUGAUGCCGAGGUGAUUGUUGAACUUGAGAGAGAUGCAGAAAUGAUUGAUAUAAACUUUAAAAUCACAGAACUUACAAAGAAGAUUGGAAAACACCCUAGGGACCAUGAAGACCUUGUCCGCGAACAAGCCAAGCUCUAUAAUAAAGCAUUGAAGAUGCGCCGUCAAAAAUUAUAG